AUGGUCAUUCGAUUAUUGAUUAUUGGUAUUUAUAUUGCUCAGAGCUCUAAAGAAGAGGCGGUUCAUGAAAAACAGACCACCCUUGAAGAAUGGAGGGUUGCAGAAGAAGCAGUUAACUUGGACGAGCUAGACCCUCGCAUUAUUGAUUGCAAACCUCAAACAUCACCUAUGGAGGAGCUGGAGAGCUUCUCAGUAGACCCACAAGAUCCCUCCAAGCACUUGCAGGUUGGAAGAAAUCUGCCAAUAGAAGCAAAUGAGGAGCUGAAAAGCUUCUUACUAAAACAUCUUGAUGUGUUCACCUGGAAACAUGGCGAUAUGGUAGGCAUUGAACCAAAGAUCAGUUGCCACCAUUUGAACAUCGACCCAAAGGUUGUAGCCCAUAGGCAAAAAAGAAGAGCUCUCAACCCUGAAAGGUAUGAAGUUUUAAAAGAUGAAGUUAAGAAGCUAAUCGACGAUGGAUUUAUCUAG